GGCUCUCCCCUCGCUGUUGUUUGUGUCUGCACCGCGGGCGCUAUCACAAAGUAUACUUUAGUCUCGAACCGGCGUUCGGCAAAAUGACCAAGGGCGCGCUGGCCGGAUGGUCAACGGACGGCGACGGCCCAUCACGGACUGGCUUCAUGGUCUCGACGAUCGACUUCCCGCCCAUCGAGAGCUUGGGAAGGAAGUACCUGAUCAAGUGGAAGGAGAAGCGUGACGAGUACGACAAGGCCAUGCGUGAGCACUCAAAGGCGACCGGUGUCCCGGUCAAGGUCCACAACAAAAAGUGGAUCGACUCGAUCAAGCGCAGUCUCUUGGAGACGGUGUGCACGCUCAAAUGGAAUAUCGACGUCGACGGGCUCAAGGAGAACGAGUUCCAACGGCGGUUGAUGGAGAUCAUGAGCGAGCGACCGAAGGACUACACGCACUCAUCCGAGGACUACAUUGCCUUUUUCAAGGAGCUCAAGAUUGGACACGUGGUCGAGGACGACGUCUUUGAGGUUGUGGCCAACUUCAUCACGGACGUCAGCGAGAUCAUCAAGGCGCAUGCCCUGCAAGAAGACAUGACGCUCAAAGGGCCGCGGCGGAUCAUCCUCAGCACCAUUACGGACCGACUUGAACCCGUGCAGCUGCGCGAGAAGAUGCGGGACAUGCUUCGUAUCCACAAGUUCGACUCCUUGUGCGCUUACGCCAAGCCCCUGGAGAAGCACUUGACGACGCUGAUGGAAGCGAAGAAGUUCUCCUCUCCUUUUGAGGAAGGGGCGAAGCGCAAGGACCGCGAAGACGAUGAAACUGAGCGUGACGCGGUCAAGGCGCGCAAGCUGCUCGACGAAGGCAAGGAGCCGUUUCAGGGGGAGAAGGACGACUCCCCCGCUGCACCCGAGCCAGGUGAUCCUCCGGGUGGUGCCGCUAAGAAGGGCGGUGCCAAGGACAAGACCUGCUGGGCGUGCAAGGAGAAGGGCCACACGGUGCACGAGUGCCCGACCGUCAAGGACGAGGACGAGAAGGGCAAGAUCAUACGGGAGACGUUGAAGAAGAACAAGACGUUCCGUGCUAUGGCGGGUGCGUCGGCUACGCACCUGCUAACCCUUGGGAGCAAGCUCCAAGUGCCCUACUGCCCUGACACGGGUGCUGACCUCAACAUCAUCCCGCGGUCGAUGGUUGACAAGUUGUCGGCGGUGUGCCCCAACAUCCGUGUGAAGCCUUUGGCGACUCCAAUCCACUGUAUGGGCUGCAACGGCAAUGGCUUUACCGCCAAGGACAGCGUGGACAUCAAGUUGCAGAUCCAGACGGCUGCUGGCCCCGUCAACAUUCCCGGGGCGCAGACGUGCUAUGUGGUGGACGACGGCGAGGAGUUCUUGCUGUCCAAUGCAACUCUCAAGUCGAUUGGUAUCGACAUUGACCGCCUGCUCGAGCAGCUGGCGGCUCGUCAAUUUGAUGACGAUGGCCACGAUCUGGCGACGGACGACGACGACGAUGCAUGUGCACGUGUUCCCCCCCGCCCGACAUCUGGUACGAGUGGCGUCCCAGUGGUACCGGUGUCGACGACGGCAGAGACUCGGCGCGUCGUGGACGCUCGAGCCUCGGAGGCGGUGGUUGGUCGUCUACCGUUUGAAGCCGUCGCUGGGCUGAAGAUCAGCAUCGACGAGGCGACGGCUCAAGGGUUCCCUGCCGAAAUGCGCAACCGACUGUGGCGCAUUGUCACCAAGCAUGACGUUUGGCGGACGGCGUUUGAUCCGCGGGACCCGCCGGCCAUGGUGGCCCAGUUUGGGAUCAAGCUGGUGCCUCAGAAAGCCCAGUUUUUCUACACCGAGGUCAAGUGGUGUGGGCGCACGCUCAACGCUGAUGGCGUCAAGCACGACCCGGAUCGCAUUAAGGCUCGCUGCGACAUCCCGUAUCCGAUGAACGCGGGCGAGUCGCAGCAAGUCAUUUUUGCGCCUGACAAGGAGUGGAAGGCGUACCCUCGUGGGAAGAUGGCGCUGUGGGCGGGCAUCAUGGGCGCGUUCCGCUACGUCAUCGAGCACAUUGAUGGUAUCCACAACUUGUGGACUGACAUGAUGAGUCGGUGGGGACACCGCGGCCCGGCGACACGAAAUUCGGCCGAACAAGUGCCGUCGGGGCUCAUCUACAAGAACUACCCAAUUUCAAGCGCUUCGUCCGAUUGACGAUGAUCGCUUGGUGUGGCCGACUCUCGCUGGGAUCGGGGAGUGUCAGGACAAGGUGGGCGCAGAUCGCCCGGCCAGUGCCACAUUGGGGUGUGAAGUCUGGCGUGUCCAGAAUGUCAUACGUGGAUGCGCUGCGGCUCAGCCUCCACGAGAUGCACAAGAAGAUUCCAACUGUCGUCCAGCGGUGUGUUGAGUCACGUGCCGACGGGCCCGAUCAACCGCCGGCUCCGACGACAGGUGAAUGCAUAACUUGAUGUUGUAUAUAUGCAUUUGUACCCAGCUGGCCCGGUGGCCAUGGCUUGGGGGGUGUGUUGUGUGUGGAUCAAAGGCUAAGCCAUGUCCAACCAAUGCAAGCUGCGAUCAGCUGGAGAUGCCGUG